GUACAUCUUGCGUACCUUUGUUCGUGCGCAGUUGUCCCAUGACUCACAUGCCUAUUCGUCAGCUGUAUCUCUUCUCAACACGUUUCUCAUGCUACCGGCGCAAACCCGCUGUACUUGCAAUUUUGCGUCCCAACUUCUAUCUCCUCCAAAUGAUCUUACUUUCACGAGCAAUAUGAACUUGACAAGUUGCAGCGAGAAGUUCGCUUCGAGCCCGAACUGGCAGCUAUAUGGCUAUCUGAGCAAUGAUACAGGGCUGCCUGGUGAGCAACGAGUGAUUAGCCGCAGCGGCUGCCAGGCACUUUGCGGACUCGGUGCAGACACUUAUGACUGGAUGUCGAUUGCGAAUAGUAUUGCAACCUGGGUUUUCCCUAUCAUUGGCAUACUGCUGCAGGCUCCCUUCGAAAGCAACAAUACCAAGGGUACGCUAUUUUCGCUCCUUCGAUGGCUUGGAUCCCCCAUCAGCUCUCUCUCUUACAUCUUUUGGAAUAUUAAAGUCAGUGGGAGGGCGGCCUUAAUCGUGGACAUGGCGACACCAUACAACGAGAGUCCCUCAGAGCAUUCAGACUUCUCUGGCAUUCGAGAUUCUUUUUACAUCCUUACCGUUAUGAACCAGUAUACAAUCAAUCCGAAAAUGCGCACUCCAGCCCAUGGGCCGGAUGUUGCAAAAAAAUUACUCCGUACGGCUCUCUUUGACGAAAUGUUAGAAGUCAAUGAGGAAAAGCUACCCGCCCUUCGGGGGAGAACUGCGAGCCGUCUACGAGAGUCCCGGAAGCAAGGAGUGGUGGCUGUGUUUAUCUCUAUGGGGUGGUUUCUCUUUUCACUCGCAAUCUCAAUUCAAGCAGUAUUUUCGAACAUCGGGCCAAUCGAACAAUCUGACAACCUUGGACUUGGUUUAAUGUUAGCCUGGAUACCCGUCUUGAUUCUUUCUAGUAUAGUAGACCGCAAUCCUGCCAACUCUUCUUCUGUCGAGGAGCGCCUGAACCAGCUUGUCGGCGGCGUCCGGACAGCGCUCUUGAAGACCUCCGAUCCCGAACAAAGCCGAAGGCUGGGGUCCGUGUCCUUCCCAUCGCACAGUACCAGUACUCAAUAUGGUCGAAGGGGUAGCAUGGUGGCAUCAUCGGGUUCGAUCGUGACAAACUGGAUUGGUGCUCUAAAAGAAGAUGCCUUCAAGGGGGACUUUUUCGUUCACUUUGGUGGUCAAGGACGACGCCGCUGGCACUAUGGCGUUGCGAAUGCCGUCCUUGCAGGCCUUGAGGAUCAAUUCAUAAAACAGCACGGCCGCGAUUGGCUUCGCCUUCCAGAGGCGAGAGAGCAGUUGGUGAAGCCAUGCAGGUCUCCCGGGAUCUAUUUCUUCGAUCUUCGCGAGCUCUGGCAUGUUGCUAGUUCCGGACUCGUGGUUGUGGGCACCAUGUUCGGAGCCUUCAUUCUGAAUUACUUUACGCCUCCAUUCGGGAUAGGUUGUCGUGCCGGGGGCUACGCAAUCUUCUGUUGUCUCGUUACACUCAGCUUUGCUGUCGAGAUGGGUGUGUGGUGGUGGACGUCGAACCACACGAGCGAUGAGUUUCUUGAACAAAAGAAAUGGGAGCAUCGGUUUUUCAUCCCCAUGGAGAUCAUUGCUGUAAGCUGGCUGCUCUACAUGGUCAUAGCCCAGUCGGCUGGCCUGUACAAUACCUGCUGGUGUCUGGGCUGGGAAGGUUGGUUUAACUUUAAGACGGUAGGAUCCUGGAGUGGACCAGAUGUCGAGGGGCAUUGGAUCGCGGCCCUGUGCCUCACUCUCACCAUCAUGCUUGUCAGCUUUGCCUUCAUCAUUGAGGAGUGGUGUACGCAAAGUCACAUGGCAACCCAUCAUUACAAGAAAGCGAUGAGAGGGUUGGCAAGGACGAGGACAUUCAAGCGGCUGACGAGUCCAAUUAGAGAGGUUAUCGAUUUUGUCAUUACAAAGUUCAAGCUGCUAAUUGGGAAGAAACGGCGGAGCUUGAUAUGGAAGAAAGGACAUGAGCGUGUUCCUAGCAUCACGGUCCUAACGGGCUCGGUACCGAAGAUAACAGAUGAGGCUGUGGAGGAAGUUCAUAAGAGUGUAGUUGAGAACGAGGGUCAAGAAUCACUUGGCAAUCAACCUCAGCUACCUUAAUUUUAUAUUUCAACGUCGUACUCUAAACGAUCCCUCUUUAACUCCCAUUAUAUAGCAACAACAUCGCCAACUUGCGCCGUUUUCGGCACGACACUACCAUUUCCCUUCUACGUAACCACGAAUCGCCACCCAUGAAGAGUGUCUGGAAG